UCCUGCCCUCACGGUCUUUUCCUCAACUUCCUCCUUGGUGUGGUCUGAAGCUCUCAUAACUACAGAUCCGGUCAUCCCUGAGCAUCCUCCUUCCAGCAUCCUUCUGCCAACAUCCCUCUGCCAGAAUUAUUUUGCCAGCAACCAAUUGUCAUCUCAACAGGAUGAAGUUCUGGAUGAUUGUGGCAAUGGUGGCAGCGGUGGGAUUAGUGGCUCACGCUGGAGCCUCACCAAACACACUAUUCGACUUUGAAGGUGACAACCACAAGCACUCUCAAACAGGCGACGCUGGUGACAAGGUCGAGGGCUCGUACAGCUGGACGUCUCCAGAAGGCGUAGAGUUCUUCGUCAAGUACGUGGCUGACGAGAAUGGUUACCGCGUCCUGGACUCCAACGCUGUCCCCGUCUCCUCCUGGGGCGCCCGGGCUGACGGCAACCAGGGCUCCUUCGUCGACUACGAGGGCGAAGGAGGAGGAGCCAAGCAUUAACCUACUCUUUACGCUGGAAACGACUUCGAGACUAAGAAAAUAGAGCUUGAGGACUUCGAAACGAAGAAAUUAGGCUCCGAAAACUUGGAAGCUAGCUUAGAAGGACCUGAGGACUCGGAAGUGACCAGUUGGUCGCGACUCUCUCUCUUAUAAUGUAUAAGUAACAAUUGUAUAUCAUUGUGAAGCGGUGGUUUGGUAACUUAUUUGUAAUUUCAGCCUAAAUGUUGUCCCGUUGCAAGUAGUUAAUCUUGGGCAGAAUAAAACG